GUUUCUGACGUGAGAAAGAAACUCCCAUUUUCUUAGAAUAAGAUAAUUUUUGAUGCGCUAUACGUGUACUAUCAAAUUGUACUUAUAAUCUUAUUUCUUUUUAUUUUGCGUUUCCUUUACAAUAAAAUUCUAAUAGAUCCAGUUUUUUUCUGUUUUAAUAAAAUCAUUACAUUAUGGAACAUCAUAUCAGACCACCACAACCUUUGAGUAAUAAUUCGCCAAAGACUUGGUUUAUUUGGAAAGAAGAAUUUCUUAUUUUUAUGAGAUUGCUUGGGCAUAUGUCACGCCCAGAAAAUUACAAAGCAAAUCUUUUUAAAAAUUUUAUAGGACCAAUAGGGCUAGAAAUAAUAACAAAGUUAACAUUUGAUCGCCCAGAUGAUAAAGAAAAUUUGGAUAUACUAUUGAAAAAAAUAGAUGAAUACCAUAACCCUCCACGAAAGAUUAUAGAGACACGAUAUCAAUUUUUUAAUAGCUCUAUGAAAGUCAGUGAAACAAUAGAAAAUUAUAUCCAAAGUUUAAGGGAGAAAGCAAAAGAUUGUAAGUUUAAUAAUUUGGCAGAAAGUUUAGUAAUAGAUGUUAUCGUUCUUCAUACUAAUGAUAAACUAUUGCGCAAGAAAUAUUUGCAAGAAGACAAUCUUGAUUGUGAUAAAAUUAUAGAAAUUUAUAAAAAUCAUAAAAUUGCAUCAUUGGAAGCUAAGUGUACAAAUCCUACAGCUCCACCUAAAGAAAAAGAUAAAUUAACUACAGUUCCCAAAGUAACAGAACAUAAUAACAUCCAACAAAAGAAAGCUUGUUGGAGAUGUAAAACUACCCACGAAGCAAAACAAUGUCCAGCGUCGAAUUAUAAAUGUAAAAAUUGUGGUAAAAUGAAUCAUUUAGAGAUAUCUUGUCAAAAUGUCUCAGCAGAAAUGAAUAAACCGUGCAAUAAAAAUAUGAAUAAUAUUUCUAAAAAAGGAAAAUCAUUGAACUGUAAUAAAAUAUUGAACAAUCUAUCAAAAUAAUAUUUUAUAAAAUAAAGUAUUUCAAUA